CGCGCCGCCCGCCCCGCCCCGGGCCGCCGGCGCCCGGAUCCGGACCAGCGACUGAACGCGAGGGCCGCCGCCGGCCCGCCCGCCCGGCCGCCGCGAUGUGCGACUGCUUCCACAUGGUGCUGCCCACCUGGCCCGGAGCCCCCGGCAGCGUGUCCGGACGGCAGCUGCAGCCCGAGGACCCAGACGCGGACACCGAGGAGGACCGCUCUGUGACUGAAGGGCCCGUGGAGGAGAUCAUCCGGCCCCGGCCACAGGGGUCCUCGCCCGUCUACGAGUGUGUGACUGAAGGUACCGGCUUCGGACUCCAGGAAGACACGCAAAGCCGGCCAGGCUCCUCUGGGCGACGGAGGUCCUGGUGGAAGCGGGAUUCCGGGGACUCGCGGACCUUCUCCAGGAUGAGCCGUUCGGAGGAGGCGACCGAGGCGACACUGAAGACCGAGGUGGAGGCCGGCGCCAGCGGCUACAGCGUCACGGGCGGCGGGGCCCAGGGCAUCUUUGUCAAGCAGGUGCUGAAGGACUCCUCGGCCGCCAAGCUCUUCGGCCUGAGAGAAGGGGAUCAGCUGCUCAGCGCUACCGUCUUCUUUGACCACAUUAACUAUGAGGAUGCUCUCAAAAUACUUCAGUACUCAGAACCGUACAAGGUCCAGUUCAAGAUCAAACGGAAGCUCCAGGCCGCAGGGCCCGAGGACUGGGCCUCCAGCACCGCUCAGCGUGCCCCAAAGCACACGGGGACCCAGGACGAAGAUGUCGCCGAGGGGAGCACAGACACACCCGUGAAGACGCUGGAGAGAGACGGGGACCAAGAGAGGCUCAUCUCCAAGUCCAGGGCAGGCAGAGGCCGGCGGGCCCAGAGGGAGAGGCUGUCCUGGCCCAAAUUCCAAGCCACGAAGAGCAAGCGUGGGCCCCGGAGGUCGCACAGCUCCUCCGAGGCCUACGAGAGGGGCCAGGCCCCCAGCGGGUCCCCCACGAGCUCGGACACGGAGGCCCAGUUCCUGGCAGAGGAGCGGGAGCGGACGGCCGGGGCCGGCAGCCAGCGGAGGAGGCGGUUCCUAAACCUGAGGUUCAAGGUGGGCUCCGGGAAGGCACAGUCGCCGGUGGGGCGCCGAGGCAGAGUGGCCCGAGGCGGGACUAUCCAGACCCCCCACCUUGCGGAGGCGGGGUCCUGGGGUGACAGCCGACAGGACAUGAGGGAGGGCAGGGCGGCAGAGACCCCGGAGGGGACACCUGUUCUGAGCAUGGAGGGUGGAAUGGGCAUGGCACCCAGACGCCGAAAGAAGACAAAGGCGGGGCAGGGCCAGGGGGAGAGGGUGCCACGGGGGACAGCCGGGGCGGGCCCAGCCCCCGGACGAAGCCGGGCAGGCCAAGGGGAGGGAGACAGAGGCUGGACACGGGCAUUGCCAGGUGAUCCUUGCAAGACCCUGCCGGUGAGGCCGCCCCCGGGGCCACCAGCCGAGUGCCAGACCCGAGCACCAAACCUACAGACGCCCACCUUCAGCUUUUCCAAAGGAAAAGAGCUGGGCACCGAAGGAGGAAUGCAGGCCCGCGAGCCGGGGCCCCAGCAGGAGCAGCCGGCCGCUGCGGCCAUGGAGGAGGGGGACCAUGGCCCAGACACUGCGUGGGGCAGAGUCCCCACAGCGCAUGGGCUGCACGGGGAGGAUGCCAGAGCAGAGAGGGGCGCGGCAGGACUGAGAGAGGGCAGCAAAAGGGGGGACAGUGACGUGGGGGGCGGGGAGGAGAAGAGGAAAAUGCUGGGGUUGAAAAUGCCCUCGUUCGGAUGGUCGCCUGAGGAGGCAAAGCCCAGGGCAGGAACACGGGGACAGGAAACAGACAGAGAGACCCAGAGACACAGACACUUCACGGCUGUCAAUUUGCAGAUGGACGCAGAGGACGCCGAUGGGAAGGAGAGAGGAGGCCAGAAACACCCAGCAAGGAGGACAGCAGAGAGGGACCGGGGGGCCAAGCUGGAGGGCAGCCUCGGCCUCGGGGACAAGGAGGUGGUCGCCCACGACAGCAAGUUCAAGAUGCCCAAGUUCAGGAUGCCUUCCUUCUGCACGUCAGGGGCAGCCAUGGAGGCCUCAGGGGACGUGUCCCUGCCCAAGGCUGAGGCAGACGUGUCCCUGCCCUCCAUCCAGACUGACGUCAAGGCCAGUGACCUCAGUACCGAGCUGCCGUCUGCCGACGUGGACAUCAAGACAGGCGAGCUGGGAGUGAAGCUCCCGGAGGGCCACCUGCCUGAGGGACAGCUCGAGGGACCUGCCUCUGGAAUCGAACUCAAAGGGCACCUGCCCAAGGUGCACAUGCCCAGCAUGAAGAUGCCCAAAGUAGACUUCAAGGGCCCCCAGGUGGACAUCAAGGGGCCCAAACUGGACCUGAAGGGCGCCAAAGGGGAGGUGUCGGCCCCUGACAUGGAGGUGUCGCUGCCCAGCAUGGAGGCGAACAUCCAGGCACCAGGCCCAAUGGUGGAGGGAGAUGUUGUCCUGAGGGACAGAGAGAUGGACACCUGGGAGGGGAAGGUCAAGAUACCCAAGUUCAAGAUGCCUUCCUUCGGAGUAUCGAGGCCAGAGACAAACUGGGGGACACCUGUGGACAUGCCGGAGACUGAGUCGAGAGGGGAGGCGAGACUUCCUUCCCUGGAAGGCGAGAUGCGAGUCCCAGAGGGUAGCAUCCACUUGCCAUCUGCUGACCUCGAGAUCCCUGGGGGAGAGUGGGCGGUGGCCGUCCCCGAGGGAGAGGUGACCCAGGGAGAGCUGAAAGGCAAAGCAGGAGCCAGAUUCAAAGGCCACAUGGCCAAGGUGCAGAUGCCCAGCAUCCAGGUACCCAAGGUGGAUCUAAAGGGUCCCCUGGGGGACAUCAAGGGGCCCAAACUGGACUUGAAGGACGCCAAAGGGGAGGUGAAUGUACCCAAUAAGGAAGUGUCACUGCCCAGCGUAGACAACAUUCCGGCACCAGGGCUCAGACUUGAGGGUGAACUCAUCCAGGGGGAUAAGAAAGUGGCGGCCAAGGAAAGCAAAUUCAAGAUGCCCAAGUUCAAGAUGCCUUCGUUCGGCACAUCGGUACCGAGCAAGGAUUGGGGAAGUUCCGUGGACAUGCCAGGGCCCAUGGACGAAGGGAAGAUGACGCUGCCUUACUUCCAAGGUGAGAUGGGAGUCGCAGAGGGCAGCGUCAGAUUGCCAUCGGCUGAUCUCGAGCUCCCUGGGGGAGAGAUGGAGGUGGCCCUGCCUGAGGGACAGGUGAGCCUGGGAGAGAUGAAGGGCAAAACAGAAGGAGCCAGCUUCAAGGGCCAGAUGCCCAAGAUGCACAUGCCAGGCAUGAAGAUGCCCAAAUUAGACUUCCAUGGUCCCCAGAUGGAAAUCAAGGGGCCUAAACUGGACUCGAAGGGCACCAAAGCGGAUAUGACAGCCGCUGAAAUGGAAGUGACACUUCCCAGUGUGGAGGUGGGCAUGCAGAAAAAAGGGGUCCAGAUGCAAGGUGACAUUGUCCUAGGGGGCAAGCAGGUGGCCACCAAAGACAGCAAAUUCAAGAUGCCCAAGUUCAAGAUGCCUUCCUUCGGGACGUCUGGGCCCGGCAAGUCCAUGGAGGCCUCAGUGGACGUGUCCCUGCCCUCCAUCCAGACUGACAUCAAGACCAGUGACCUCAGCAUCGAGCUGCCCUCUGCCGACGUGGACGUGAAGACAGGCGAGCUGGGAGUGAAGCUCCCAGAAGGCCACCUGCCCGAGGGAGAGCUCCAGGAACCCUCCUCCGGAGUUGGACUCAAAGGGCACCUGCCCAAGGUGCACAUGCCCAGCAUGAAGAUGCCCAAAGUAGACUUCAAGGGCCCCCAGGUGGACAUCAAGGGGCCCAAAGUGGACCUGAAGGGCGCCAAAGGGGAGGUGACCGUCCCCGAGGGAGAAGUGAAGCUUGGAGAACUGAAGGGCAAAGCAGAAGGGGCCACGUUCAAGGGCCACAUGCCCAAGGUGCAGAUGCCCAGCGUGAAGAUGCCCAAAGUAGACGUCAAGGCCCCCCAGGUGGACAUCAAGGGGCCCAAGCUGGACCUGAAGGGCGCCAAAGGGGAGGUGACCGUCCCCGACAUGGAGGUUUCGCUGCCCAGUGUGGAGGUGGACAUUCAGGCUCCGGGCGCCACGCUGGAGGGAGACAUCGUUCUGGGGGACACAGAGGUGGCCACCAAAGACAGCAAGUUCAAGAUGCCCAAGUUCAAGAUGCCUUCCUUCGGGAUGUCUGGGCCAGGCAAGUCCAUGGAGGCCUCAGUGGACGUGUCCCUGCCAAAGGCUGAGGCAGACGUGUCCCUGCCCUCCAUCCAGACUGACGUCAAGGCCAGUGACGUCAGUAUCGAGCUGCCGUCUGCCGACGUGGACAUCAAGACAGGCGAGCUGGCAGUGAAGCUCCCGGAGGGCCACCUGCCUGAGGGAGAGCUCGAGGGACCCUCCUCCGGAAUGGGGUUCAAAGGGCACCUGCCCAAGGUGCACAUGCCCAGCAUGAAGAUGCCCAAAGUAGACUUCAAGGGCCCCCAGGUGGACAUCAAGGGGCCCAAACUGGACCUGAAGGGCGCCAAAGGGGAGGUGUCGGCCCCUGACAUGGAAGUGUCGCUGCCCAGUGUGGAGAUCGACGUCCAGGCUCCGGGCGCCAAGCUGGAGGGCGACAUUGUCUUGGGUUCCAAGGAGGUGGCAGCCCACGACAGCAAGUUCAAGAUGCCCAAGUUCAAGAUGCCUUCCUUCGGGACGUCUGGGCCCGGCAAGUCCAUGGAGGCCUCAGUGGACGUGUCCCUGCCCUCCAUCCAGACUGACAUCAAGACCAGUGACCUCAGCAUCGAGCUGCCCUCUGCCGACGUGGACGUGAAGACAGGCGAGCUGGGAGUGAAGCUCCCGGAGGGCCACCUGCCCGAGGGAGAGCUCCAGGAACCCUCCUCCGGAGUUGGACUCAAAGGGCACCUGCCCAAGGUGCACAUGCCCAGCAUGAAGAUGCCCAAAGUAGACUUCAAGGGCCCCCAGGUGGACAUCAAGGGGCCCAAAGUGGACCUGAAGGGCGCCAAAGGGAAGGUGACCGUCCCCGAGGGAGAAGUGAAGCUUGGAGAACUGAAGGGCAAAGCAGAAGGGGCCACGUUCAAGGGCCACAUGCCCAAGGUGCAGAUGCCCAGCGUGAAGAUGCCCAAAGUAGACGUCAAGGCCCCCCAGGUGGACAUCAAGGGGCCCAAGCUGGACCUGAAGGGCGCCAAAGGGGAGGUGACCGUCCCCGACAUGGAGGUUUCGCUGCCCAGUGUGGAGGUGGACAUUCAGGCUCCGGGCGCCACGCUGGAGGGAGACAUCGUUCUGGGGGACACAGAGGUGGCCACCAAAGACAGCAAGUUCAAGAUGCCCAAGUUCAAGAUGCCUUCCUUCGGGAUGUCUGGGCCAGGCAAGUCCAUGGAGGCCUCAGUGGACGUGUCCCUGCCAAAGGCUGAGGCAGACGUGUCCCUGCCCUCCAUCCAGACUGACGUCAAGGCCAGUGACGUCAGUAUCGAGCUGCCGUCUGCCGACGUGGACAUCAAGACAGGCGAGCUGGCAGUGAAGCUCCCGGAGGGCCACCUGCCUGAGGGAGAGCUCGAGGGACCCUCCUCCGGAAUGGGGUUCAAAGGGCACCUGCCCAAGGUGCACAUGCCCAGCAUGAAGAUGCCCAAAGUAGACUUCAAGGGCCCCCAGGUGGACAUCAAGGGGCCCAAACUGGACCUGAAGGGCGCCAAAGGGGAGGUGUCGGCCCCUGACAUGGAAGUGUCGCUGCCCAGUGUGGAGAUCGACGUCCAGGCUCCGGGCGCCAAGCUGGAGGGCGACAUUGUCUUGGGUUCCAAGGAGGUGGCAGCCCACGACAGCAAGUUCAAGAUGCCCAAGUUCAAGAUGCCUUCCUUCGGGACGUCUGGGCCCGGCAAGUCCAUGGAGGCCUCAGUGGACGUGUCCCUGCCCUCCAUCCAGACUGACAUCAAGACCAGUGACCUCAGCAUCGAGCUGCCCUCUGCCGACGUGGACGUGAAGACAGGCGAGCUGGGAGUGAAGCUCCCGGAGGGCCACCUGCCCGAGGGAGAGCUCCAGGAACCCUCCUCCGGAGUUGGACUCAAAGGGCACCUGCCCAAGGUGCACAUGCCCAGCAUGAAGAUGCCCAAAGUAGACUUCAAGGGCCCCCAGGUGGACAUCAAGGGGCCCAAAGUGGACCUGAAGGGCGCCAAAGGGGAGGUGACCGUCCCCGAGGGAGAAGUGAAGCUUGGAGAACUGAAGGGCAAAGCAGAAGGGGCCACGUUCAAGGGCCACAUGCCCAAGGUGCAGAUGCCCAGCGUGAAGAUGCCCAAAGUAGACGUCAAGGCCCCCCAGGUGGACAUCAAGGGGCCCAAGCUGGACCUGAAGGGCGCCAAAGGGGAGGUGACCGUCCCCGACAUGGAGGUUUCGCUGCCCAGUGUGGAGGUGGACAUUCAGGCUCCGGGCGCCACGCUGGAGGGAGACAUCGUUCUGGGGGACACAGAGGUGGCCACCAAAGACAGCAAGUUCAAGAUGCCCAAGUUCAAGAUGCCUUCCUUCGGGAUGUCUGGGCCAGGCAAGUCCAUGGAGGCCUCAGUGGACGUGUCCCUGCCAAAGGCUGAGGCAGACGUGUCCCUGCCCUCCAUCCAGACUGACGUCAAGGCCAGUGACGUCAGUAUCGAGCUGCCGUCUGCCGACGUGGACAUCAAGACAGGCGAGCUGGCAGUGAAGCUCCCGGAGGGCCACCUGCCUGAGGGAGAGCUCGAGGGACCCUCCUCCGGAAUGGGGUUCAAAGGGCACCUGCCCAAGGUGCACAUGCCCAGCAUGAAGAUGCCCAAAGUAGACUUCAAGGGCCCCCAGGUGGACAUCAAGGGGCCCAAACUGGACCUGAAGGGCGCCAAAGGGGAGGUGUCGGCCCCUGACAUGGAAGUGUCGCUGCCCAGUGUGGAGAUCGACGUCCAGGCUCCGGGCGCCAAGCUGGAGGGCGACAUUGUCUUGGGUUCCAAGGAGGUGGCAGCCCACGACAGCAAGUUCAAGAUGCCCAAGUUCAAGAUGCCUUCCUUCGGGACGUCUGGGCCCGGCAAGUCCAUGGAGGCCUCAGUGGACGUGUCCCUGCCCUCCAUCCAGACUGACAUCAAGACCAGUGACCUCAGCAUCGAGCUGCCCUCUGCCGACGUGGACGUGAAGACAGGCGAGCUGGGAGUGAAGCUCCCGGAGGGCCACCUGCCCGAGGGAGAGCUCCAGGAACCCUCCUCCGGAGUUGGACUCAAAGGGCACCUGCCCAAGGUGCACAUGCCCAGCAUGAAGAUGCCCAAAGUAGACUUCAAGGGCCCCCAGGUGGACAUCAAGGGGCCCAAAGUGGACCUGAAGGGCGCCAAAGGGGAGGUGACCGUCCCCGAGGGAGAAGUGAAGCUUGGAGAACUGAAGGGCAAAGCAGAAGGGGCCACGUUCAAGGGCCACAUGCCCAAGGUGCAGAUGCCCAGCGUGAAGAUGCCCAAAGUAGACGUCAAGGCCCCCCAGGUGGACAUCAAGGGGCCCAAGCUGGACCUGAAGGGCGCCAAAGGGGAGGUGACCGUCCCCGACAUGGAGGUUUCGCUGCCCAGUGUGGAGGUGGACAUUCAGGCUCCGGGCGCCACGCUGGAGGGAGACAUCGUUCUGGGGGACACAGAGGUGGCCACCAAAGACAGCAAGUUCAAGAUGCCCAAGUUCAAGAUGCCUUCCUUCGGGAUGUCUGGGCCAGGCAAGUCCAUGGAGGCCUCAGUGGACGUGUCCCUGCCAAAGGCUGAGGCAGACGUGUCCCUGCCCUCCAUCCAGACUGACGUCAAGGCCAGUGACGUCAGUAUCGAGCUGCCGUCUGCCGACGUGGACAUCAAGACAGGCGAGCUGGCAGUGAAGCUCCCGGAGGGCCACCUGCCUGAGGGAGAGCUCGAGGGACCCUCCUCCGGAAGGGGGUUCAAAGGGCACCUGCCCAAGGUGCACAUGCCCAGCAUGAAGAUGCCCAAAGUAGACUUCAAGGGCCCCCAGGUGGACAUCAAGGGGCCCAAACUGGACCUGAAGGGCGCCAAAGGGGAGGUGUCGGCCCCUGACAUGGAAGUGUCGCUGCCCAGUGUGGAGAUCGACGUCCAGGCUCCGGGCGCCAAGCUGGAGGGCGACAUUGUCUUGGGUUCCAAGGAGGUGGCAGCCCACGACAGCAAGUUCAAGAUGCCCAAGUUCAAGAUGCCUUCCUUCGGGACGUCUGGGCCCGGCAAGUCCAUGGAGGCCUCAGUGGACGUGUCCCUGCCCUCCAUCCAGACUGACAUCAAGACCAGUGACCUCAGCAUCGAGCUGCCCUCUGCCGACGUGGACGUGAAGACAGGCGAGCUGGGAGUGAAGCUCCCGGAGGGCCACCUGCCCGAGGGAGAGCUCCAGGAACCCUCCUCCGGAGUUGGACUCAAAGGGCACCUGCCCAAGGUGCACAUGCCCAGCAUGAAGAUGCCCAAAGUAGACUUCAAGGGCCCCCAGGUGGACAUCAAGGGGCCCAAAGUAGACCUGAAGGGCGCCAAAGGGGAGGUGACCGUCCCCGAGGGAGAAGUGAAGCUUGGAGAACUGAAGGGCAAAGCAGAAGGGGCCACGUUCAAGGGCCACAUGCCCAAGGUGCAGAUGCCCAGCGUGAAGAUACCCAAAGUAGACGUCAAGGCCCCCCAGAUGGACAUCAAGGGGCCCAAGCUGGACCUGAAGGGCGCCAAAGGGGAGGUGACCGUCCCCGACAUGGAGGUUUCGCUGCCCAGUGUGGAGGUGGACAUUCAGGCUCCGGGCGCCAAGCUGGAGGGAGACAUCGUUCUGGGGGACACAGAGGUGGCCACCAAAGACAGCAAGUUCAAGAUGCCCAAGUUCAAGAUGCCUUCCUUCGGGAUGUCUGGGCCAGGCAAGUCCAUGGAGGCCUCAGUGGACGUGUCCCUGCCAAAGGCUGAGGCAGACGUGUCCCUGCCCCCCAUCCAGACUGACGUCAAGGCCAGUGACGUCAGUAUCGAGCUGCCGUCUGCCGACGUGGACAUCAAGACAGGCGAGCUGGCAGUGAAGCUCCCGGAGGGCCACCUGCCUGAGGGAGAGCUCGAGGGACCCUCCUCCGGAAUGGGGUUCAAAGGGCACCUGCCCAAGGUGCACAUGCCCAGCAUGAAGAUGCCCAAAGUAGACUUCAAGGGCCCCCAGGUGGACAUCAAGGGGCCCAAACUGGACCUGAAGGGCGCCAAAGGGGAGGUGUCGGCCCCUGACAUGGAAGUGUCGCUGCCCAGUGUGGAGAUCGACGUCCAGGCUCCGGGCGCCAAGCUGGAGGGCGACAUUGUCUUGGGUUCCAAGGAGGUGGCAGCCCACGACAGCAAGUUCAAGAUGCCCAAGUUCAAGAUGCCUUCCUUCGGGACGUCUGGGCCCGGCAAGUCCAUGGAGGCCUCAGUGGACGUGUCCCUGCCCUCCAUCCAGACUGACAUCAAGACCAGUGACCUCAGCAUCGAGCUGCCCUCUGCCGAUGUGGACGUGAAGACAGGCGAGCUGGGAGUGAAGCUCCCGGAGGGCCACCUGCCCGAGGGAGAGCUCCAGGAACCCUCCUCCGGAGUUGGACUCAAAGGGCACCUGCCCAAGGUGCACAUGCCCAGCAUGAAGAUGCCCAAAGUAGACUUCAAGGGCCCCCAGGUGGACAUCAAGGGGCCCAAAGUGGACCUGAAGGGCGCCAAAGGGGAGGUGACCGUCCCCGACAUGGAGGUUUCGCUGCCCAGUGUGGAGGUGGACAUUCAGGCUCCGGGCGCCAAGCUGGAGGGAGACAUCGUUCUGGGGGACACAGAGGUGGCCACCAAAGACAGCAAGUUCAAGAUGCCCAAGUUCAAGAUGCCUUCCUUCGGGAUGUCUGGGCCAGGCAAGUCCAUGGAGGCCUCAGUGGACGUGUCCCUGCCAAAGGCUGAGGCAGACGUGUCCCUGCCCUCCAUCCAGACUGACGUCAAGGCCAGUGACGUCAGUAUCGAGCUGCCGUCUGCCGACGUGGACAUCAAGACAGGCGAGCUGGCAGUGAAGCUCCCGGAGGGCCACCUGCCUGAGGGAGAGCUCGAGGGACCCUCCUCCGGAAUGGGGUUCAAAGGGCACCUGCCCAAGGUGCACAUGCCCAGCAUGAAGAUGCCCAAAGUAGACUUCAAGGGCCCCCAGGUGGACAUCAAGGGGCCCAAACUGGACCUGAAGGGCGCCAAAGGGGAGGUGUCGGCCCCUGACAUGGAAGUGUCGCUGCCCAGUGUGGAGAUCGACGUCCAGGCUCCGGGCGCCAAGCUGGAGGGCGACAUUGUCUUGGGUUCCAAGGAGGUGGCAGCCCACGACAGCAAGUUCAAGAUGCCCAAGUUCAAGAUGCCUUCCUUCGGGACGUCUGGGCCCGGCAAGUCCAUGGAGGCCUCAGUGGACGUGUCCCUGCCCUCCAUCCAGACUGACAUCAAGACCAGUGACCUCAGCAUCGAGCUGCCCUCUGCCGACGUGGACGUGAAGACAGGCGAGCUGGGAGUGAAGCUCCCGGAGGGCCACCUGCCCGAGGGAGAGCUCCAGGAACCCUCCUCCGGAGUUGGACUCAAAGGGCACCUGCCCAAGGUGCACAUGCCCAGCAUGAAGAUGCCCAAAGUAGACUUCAAGGGCCCCCAGGUGGACAUCAAGGGGCCCAAAGUAGACCUGAAGGGCGCCAAAGGGGAGGUGACCGUCCCCGAGGGAGAAGUGAAGCUUGGAGAACUGAAGGGCAAAGCAGAAGGGGCCACGUUCAAGGGCCACAUGCCCAAGGUGCAGAUGCCCAGCGUGAAGAUGCCCAAAGUAGACGUCAAGGCCCCCCAGGUGGACAUCAAGGGGCCCAAGCUGGACCUGAAGGGCGCCAAAGGGGAGGUGACCGUCCCCGACAUGGAGGUUUCGCUGCCCAGUGUGGAGGUGGACAUUCAGGCUCCGGGCGCCAAGCUGGAGGGAGACAUCGUUCUGGGGGACACAGAGGUGGCCACCAAAGACAGCAAGUUCAAGAUGCCCAAGUUCAAGAUGCCUUCCUUCGGGAUGUCUGGGCCAGGCAAGUCCAUGGAGGCCUCAGUGGACGUGUCCCUGCCAAAGGCUGAGGCAGACGUGUCCCUGCCCUCCAUCCAGACUGACGUCAAGGCCAGUGACGUCAGUAUCGAGCUGCCGUCUGCCGACGUGGACGUCAAGACAGGCGAGCUGGGAGUGAAGCUCCCGGAGGGCCACCUGCCCGAGGGAGAGCUCCAGGAACCCUCCUCCAGUGGGUCCAAAGGGCACCUGCCCAAGGUGCACAUGCCCAGCAUGAAGAUGCCCAAAGUAGACUUCAAGGGCCCCCAGGUGGACAUCAAGGGGCCCAAACUGGACCUGAAGGGCGCCAAAGGGGAGGUGUCGGCCCCUGACAUGGAAGUGUCGCUGCCCAGUGUGGAGAUCGACGUCCAGGCUCCGGGCGCCAAGCUGGAGGGCGACAUUGUCUUGGGUUCCAAGGAGGUGGCAGCCCACGACAGCAAGUUCAAGAUGCCCAAGUUCAAGAUGCCUUCCUUCGGGACGUCUGGGCCCGGCAAGUCCAUGGAGGCCUCAGUGGACGUGUCCCUGCCCUCCAUCCAGACUGACAUCAAGACCAGUGACCUCAGCAUCGAGCUGCCCUCUGCCGACGUGGAAGUGAAGACAGGCGAGCUGGGAGUGAAGCUCCCGGAGGGCCACCUGCCCGAGGGAGAGCUCCAGGAACCCUCCUCCGGAGUUGGACUCAAAGGGCACCUGCCCAAGGUGCACAUGCCCAGCAUGAAGAUGCCCAAAGUAGACUUCAAGGGCCCCCAGGUGGACAUCAAGGGGCCCAAAGUGGACCUGAAGGGCGCCAAAGGGGAGGUGACCGUCCCCGAGGGAGAAGUGAAGCUUGGAGAACUGAAGGGCAAAGCAGAAGGGGCCACGUUCAAGGGCCACAUGCCCAAGGUGCAGAUGCCCAGCGUGAAGAUGCCCAAAGUAGACGUCAAGGCCCCCCAGGUGGACAUCAAGGGGCCCAAGCUGGACCUGAAGGGCGCCAAAGGGGAGGUGACCGUCCCCGACAUGGAGGUUUCGCUGCCCAGUGUGGAGGUGGACAUUCAGGCUCCGGGCGCCACGCUGGAGGGAGACAUCGUUCUGGGGGACACAGAGGUGGCCACCAAAGACAGCAAGUUCAAGAUGCCCAAGUUCAAGAUGCCUUCCUUCGGGAUGUCUGGGCCAGGCAAGUCCAUGGAGGCCUCAGUGGACGUGUCCCUGCCAAAGGCUGAGGCAGACGUGUCCCUGCCCUCCAUCCAGACUGACGUCAAGGCCAGUGACGUCAGUAUCGAGCUGCCGUCUGCCGACGUGGACAUCAAGACAGGCGAGCUGGCAGUGAAGCUCCCGGAGGGCCACCUGCCUGAGGGAGAGCUCGAGGGACCCUCCUCCGGAAUGGGGUUCAAAGGGCACCUGCCCAAGGUGCACAUGCCCAGCAUGAAGAUGCCCAAAGUAGACUUCAAGGGCCCCCAGGUGGACAUCAAGGGGCCCAAACUGGACCUGAAGGGCGCCAAAGGGGAGGUGUCGGCCCCUGACAUGGAAGUGUCGCUGCCCAGUGUGGAGAUCGACGUCCAGGCUCCGGGCGCCAAGCUGGAGGGCGACAUUGUCUUGGGUUCCAAGGAGGUGGCAGCCCACGACAGCAAGUUCAAGAUGCCCAAGUUCAAGAUGCCUUCCUUCGGGACGUCUGGGCCCGGCAAGUCCAUGGAGGCCUCAGUGGACGUGUCCCUGCCCUCCAUCCAGACUGACAUCAAGACCAGUGACCUCAGCAUCGAGCUGCCCUCUGCCGACGUGGACGUGAAGACAGGCGAGCUGGGAGUGAAGCUCCCGGAGGGCCACCUGCCCGAGGGAGAGCUCCAGGAACCCUCCUCCGGAGUUGGACUCAAAGGGCACCUGCCCAAGGUGCACAUGCCCAGCAUGAAGAUGCCCAAAGUAGACUUCAAGGGCCCCCAGGUGGACAUCAAGGGGCCCAAAGUGGACCUGAAGGGCGCCAAAGGGGAGGUGACCGUCCCCGAGGGAGAAGUGAAGCUUGGAGAACUGAAGGGCAAAGCAGAAGGGGCCACGUUCAAGGGCCACAUGCCCAAGGUGCAGAUGCCCAGCGUGAAGAUGCCCAAAGUAGACGUCAAGGCCCCCCAGGUGGACAUCAAGGGGCCCAAGCUGGACCUGAAGGGCGCCAAAGGGGAGGUGACCGUCCCCGACAUGGAGGUUUCGCUGCCCAGUGUGGAGGUGGACAUUCAGGCUCCGGGCGCCACGCUGGAGGGAGACAUCGUUCUGGGGGACACAGAGGUGGCCACCAAAGACAGCAAGUUCAAGAUGCCCAAGUUCAAGAUGCCUUCCUUCGGGAUGUCUGGGCCAGGCAAGUCCAUGGAGGCCUCAGUGGACGUGUCCCUGCCAAAGGCUGAGGCAGACGUGUCCCUGCCCUCCAUCCAGACUGACGUCAAGGCCAGUGACGUCAGUAUCGAGCUGCCGUCUGCCGACGUGGACAUCAAGACAGGCAAGCUGGCAGUGAAGCUCCCGGAGGGCCACCUGCCUGAGGGAGAGCUCGAGGGACCCUCCUCCGGAAUGGGGUUCAAAGGGCACCUGCCCAAGGUGCACAUGCCCAGCAUGAAGAUGCCCAAAGUAGACUUCAAGGGCCCCCAGGUGGACAUCAAGGGGCCCAAACUGGACCUGAAGGGCGCCAAAGGGGAGGUGUCGGCCCCUGACAUGGAAGUGUCGCUGCCCAGUGUGGAGAUCGACGUCCAGGCUCCGGGCGCCAAGCUGGAGGGCGACAUUGUCUUGGGUUCCAAGGAGGUGGCAGCCCACGACAGCAAGUUCAAGAUGCCCAAGUUCAAGAUGCCUUCCUUCGGGACGUCUGGGCCCGGCAAGUCCAUGGAGGCCUCAGUGGACGUGUCCCUGCCCUCCAUCCAGACUGACAUCAAGACCAGUGACCUCAGCAUCGAGCUGCCCUCUGCCGACGUGGAAGUGAAGACAGGCGAGCUGGGAGUGAAGCUCCCGGAGGGCCACCUGCCCGAGGGAGAGCUCCAGGAACCCUCCUCCGGAGUUGGACUCAAAGGGCACCUGCCCAAGGUGCACAUGCCCAGCAUGAAGAUGCCCAAAGUAGACUUCAAGGGCCCCCAGGUGGACAUCAAGGGGCCCAAAGUAGACCUGAAGGGCGCCAAAGGGGAGGUGACCGUCCCCGAGGGAGAAGUGAAGCUUGGAGAACUGAAGGGCAAAGCAGAAGGGGCCACGUUCAAGGGCCACAUGCCCAAGGUGCAGAUGCCCAGCGUGAAGAUACCCAAAGUAGACGUCAAGGCCCCCCAGAUGGACAUCAAGGGGCCCAAGCUGGACCUGAAGGGCGCCAAAGGGGAGGUGACCGUCCCCGACAUGGAGGUUUCGCUGCCCAGUGUGGAGGUGGACAUUCAGGCUCCGGGCGCCAAGCUGGAGGGAGACAUCGUUCUGGGGGACACAGAGGUGGCCACCAAAGACAGCAAGUUCAAGAUGCCCAAGUUCAAGAUGCCUUCCUUCGGGAUGUCUGGGCCAGGCAAGUCCAUGGAGGCCUCAGUGGACGUGUCCCUGCCAAAGGCUGAGGCAGACGUGUCCCUGCCCUCCAUCCAGACUGACGUCAAGGCCAGUGACGUCAGUAUCGAGCUGCCGUCUGCCGACGUGGACAUCAAGACAGGCGAGCUGGCAGUGAAGCUCCCGGAGGGCCACCUGCCUGAGGGAGAGCUCGAGGGACCCUCCUCCGGAAUGGGGUUCAAAGGGCACCUGCCCAAGGUGCACAUGCCCAGCAUGAAGAUGCCCAAAGUAGACUUCAAGGGCCCCCAGGUGGACAUCAAGGGGCCCAAACUGGACCUGAAGGGCGCCAAAGGGGAGGUGUCGGCCCCUGACAUGGAAGUGUCGCUGCCCAGUGUGGAGAUCGACGUCCAGGCUCCGGGCGCCAAGCUGGAGGGCGACAUUGUCUUGGGUUCCAAGGAGGUGGCAGCCCACGACAGCAAGUUCAAGAUGCCCAAGUUCAAGAUGCCUUCCUUCGGGACGUCUGGGCCCGGCAAGUCCAUGGAGGCCUCAGUGGACGUGUCCCUGCCCUCCAUCCAGACUGACAUCAAGACCAGUGACCUCAGCAUCGAGCUGCCCUCUGCCGACGUGGAAGUGAAGACAGGCGAGCUGGGAGUGAAGCUCCCGGAGGGCCACCUGCCCGAGGGAGAGCUCCAGGAACCCUCCUCCGGAGUUGGACUCAAAGGGCACCUGCCCAAGGUGCACAUGCCCAGCAUGAAGAUGCCCAAAGUAGACUUCAAGGGCCCCCAGGUGGACAUCAAGGGGCCCAAAGUAGACCUGAAGGGCGCCAAAGGGGAGGUGACCGUCCCCGAGGGAGAAGUGAAGCUUGGAGAACUGAAGGGCAAAGCAGAAGGGGCCACGUUCAAGGGCCACAUGCCCAAGGUGCAGAUGCCCAGCGUGAAGAUGCCCAAAGUAGACGUCAAGGCCCCCCAGGUGGACAUCAAGGGGCCCAAGCUGGACCUGAAGGGCGCCAAAGGGGAGGUGACCGUCCCCGACAUGGAGGUUUCGCUGCCCAGUGUGGAGGUGGACAUUCAGGCUCCGGGCGCCAAGCUGGAGGGAGACAUCGUUCUGGGGGACACAGAGGUGGCCACCAAAGACAGCAAGUUCAAGAUGCCCAAGUUCAAGAUGCCUUCCUUCGGGAUGUCUGGGCCAGGCAAGUCCAUGGAGGCCUCAGUGGACGUGUCCCUGCCAAAGGCUGAGGCAGACGUGUCCCUGCCCUCCAUCCAGACUGACGUCAAGGCCAGUGACGUCAGUAUCGAGCUGCCGUCUGCCGACGUGGACGUCAAGACAGGCGAGCUGGGAGUGAAGCUCCCGGAGGGCCACCUGCCCGAGGGAGAGCUCCAGGAACCCUCCUCCAGUGGGUUCAAAGGGCACCUGCCCAAGGUGCACAUGCCCAGCAUGAAGAUGCCCAAAGUAGACUUCAAGGGCCCCCAGGUGGACAUCAAGGGGCCCAAACUGGACCUGAAGGGCGCCAAAGGGGAGGUGUCGGCCCCUGACAUGGAAGUGUCGCUGCCCAGUGUGGAGAUCGACGUCCAGGCUCCGGGCGCCAAGCUGGAGGGCGACAUUGUCUUGGGUUCCAAGGAGGUGGCAGCCCACGACAGCAAGUUCAAGAUGCCCAAGUUCAAGAUGCCUUCCUUCGGGACGUCUGGGCCCGGCAAGUCCAUGGAGGCCUCAGUGGACGUGUCCCUGCCCUCCAUCCAGACUGACAUCAAGACCAGUGACCUCAGCAUCGAGCUGCCCUCUGCCGACGUGGAAGUGAAGACAGGCGAGCUGGGAGUGAAGCUCCCGGAGGGCCACCUGCCCGAGGGAGAGCUCCAGGAACCCUCCUCCGGAGUUGGACUCAAAGGGCACCUGCCCAAGGUGCACAUGCCCAGCAUGAAGAUGCCCAAAGUAGACUUCAAGGGCCCCCAGGUGGACAUCAAGGGGCCCAAAGUGGACCUGAAGGGCGCCAAAGGGGAGGUGACCGUCCCCGAGGGAGAAGUGAAGCUUGGAGAACUGAAGGGCAAAGCAGAAGGGGCCACGUUCAAGGGCCACAUGCCCAAGGUGCAGAUGCCCAGCGUGAAGAUGCCCAAAGUAGACGUCAAGGCCCCCCAGGUGGACAUCAAGGGGCCCAAGCUGGACCUGAAGGGCGCCAAAGGGGAGGUGACCGUCCCCGACAUGGAGGUUUCGCUGCCCAGUGUGGAGGUGGACAUUCAGGCUCCGGGCGCCACGCUGGAGGGAGACAUCGUUCUGGGGGACACAGAGGUGGCCACCAAAGACAGCAAGUUCAAGAUGCCCAAGUUCAAGAUGCCUUCCUUCGGGAUGUCUGGGCCAGGCAAGUCCAUGGAGGCCUCUGUGGACGUGUCCCUGCCAAAGGCUGAGGCAGACGUGUCCCUGCCCUCCAUCCAGACUGACGUCAAGGCCAGUGACGUCAGUAUCGAGCUGCCGUCUGCCGACGUGGACAUCAAGACAGGCGAGCUGGCAGUGAAGCUCCCGGAGGGCCACCUGCCUGAGGGAGAGCUCGAGGGACCCUCCUCCGGAAUGGGGUUCAAAGGGCACCUGCCCAAGGUGCACAUGCCCAGCAUGAAGAUGCCCAAAGUAGACUUCAAGGGCCCCCAGGUGGACAUCAAGGGGCCCAAACUGGACCUGAAGGGCGCCAAAGGGGAGGUGUCGGCCCCUGACAUGGAAGUGUCGCUGCCCAGUGUGGAGAUCGACGUCCAGGCUCCGGGCGCCAAGCUGGAGGGCGACAUUGUCUUGGGUUCCAAGGAGGUGGCAGCCCACGACAGCAAGUUCAAGAUGCCCAAGUUCAAGAUGCCUUCCUUCGGGACGUCUGGGCCCAGCAAGUCCAUGGAGGCCUCAGUGGACGUGUCCCUGCCCUCCAUCCAGACUGACAUCAAGACCAGUGACCUCAGCAUCGAGCUGCCCUCUGCCGACGUGGACGUGAAGACAGGCGAGCUGGGAGUGAAGCUCCCGGAGGGCCACCUGCCCGAGGGAGAGCUCCAGGAACCCUCCUCCGGAGUUGGACUCAAAGGGCACCUGCCCAAGGUGCACAUGCCCAGCAUGAAGAUGCCCAAAGUAGACUUCAAGGGCCCCCAGGUGGACAUCAAGGGGCCCAAAGUGGACCUGAAGGGCGCCAAAGGGGAGGUGACCGUCCCCGAGGGAGAAGUGAAGCUUGGAGAACUGAAGGGCAAAGCAGAAGGGGCCACGUUCAAGGGCCACAUGCCCAAGGUGCAGAUGCCCAGCGUGAAGAUGCCCAAAGUAGACGUCAAGGCCCCCCAGGUGGACAUCAAGGGGCCCAAGCUGGACCUGAAGGGCGCCAAAGGGGAGGUGACCGUCCCCGACAUGGAGGUUUCGCUGCCCAGUGUGGAGGUGGACAUUCAGGCUCCGGGCGCCACGCUGGAGGGAGACAUCGUUCUGGGGGACACAGAGGUGGCCACCAAAGACAGCAAGUUCAAGAUGCCCAAGUUCAAGAUGCCUUCCUUCGGGAUGUCUGGGCCAGGCAAGUCCAUGGAGGCCUCAGUGGACGUGUCCCUGCCAAAGGCUGAGGCAGACGUGUCCCUGCCCUCCAUCCAGACUGACGUCAAGGCCAGUGACGUCAGUAUCGAGCUGCCGUCUGCCGACGUGGACAUCAAGACAGGCGAGCUGGCAGUGAAGCUCCCGGAGGGCCACCUGCCUGAGGGAGAGCUCGAGGGACCCUCCUCCGGAAUGGGGUUCAAAGGGCACCUGCCCAAGGUGCACAUGCCCAGCAUGAAGAUGCCCAAAGUAGACUUCAAGGGCCCCCAGGUGGACAUCAAGGGGCCCAAACUGGACCUGAAGGGCGCCAAAGGGGAGGUGUCGGCCCCUGACAUGGAAGUGUCGCUGCCCAGUGUGGAGAUCGACGUCCAGGCUCCGGGCGCCAAGCUGGAGGGCGACAUUGUCUUGGGUUCCAAGGAGGUGGCAGCCCACGACAGCAAGUUCAAGAUGCCCAAGUUCAAGAUGCCUUCCUUCGGGACGUCUGGGCCCGGCAAGUCCAUGGAGGCCUCAGUGGACGUGUCCCUGCCCUCCAUCCAGACUGACAUCAAGACCAGUGACCUCAGCAUCGAGCUGCCCUCUGCCGACGUGGACGUGAAGACAGGCGAGCUGGGAGUGAAGCUCCCGGAGGGCCACCUGCCCGAGGGAGAGCUCCAGGAACCCUCCUCCGGAGUUGGACUCAAAGGGCACCUGCCCAAGGUGCACAUGCCCAGCAUGAAGAUGCCCAAAGUAGACUUCAAGGGCCCCCAGGUGGACAUCAAGGGGCCCAAACUGGACCUGAAGGGCGCCAAAGGGGAGGUGACCGUCCCCGAGGGAGAAGUGAAGCUUGGAGAACUGAAGGGCAAAGCAGAAGGGGCCACGUUCAAGGGCCACAUGCCCAAGGUGCAGAUGCCCAGCGUGAAGAUGCCCAAAGUAGACGUCAAGGCCCCCCAGGUGGACAUCAAGGGGCCCAAGCUGGACCUGAAGGGCGCCAAAGGGGAGGUGACCGUCCCCGACAUGGAGGUUUCGCUGCCCAGUGUGGAGGUGGACAUUCAGGCUCCGGGCGCCACGCUGGAGGGAGACAUCGUUCUGGGGGACACAGAGGUGGCCACCAAAGACAGCAAGUUCAAGAUGCCCAAGUUCAAGAUGCCUUCCUUCGGGAUGUCUGGGCCAGGCAAGUCCAUGGAGGCCUCAGUGGACGUGUCCCUGCCAAAGGCUGAGGCAGACGUGUCCCUGCCCUCCAUCCAGACUGACGUCAAGGCCAGUGACGUCAGUAUCGAGCUGCCGUCUGCCGACGUGGACAUCAAGACUGGCGAGCUGGGAGUGAAGCUCCCGGAGGGCCACCUGCCCGAGGGAGAGCUCCAUGGAUCUGCCUCCGCAGGUGGCAGCAAAUGGCACCUGCCCAAGGUGCACAUGCCCAGCAUGAAGAUGCCCAAAGUAGACUUCAAGGGCCCCCAGGUGGACAUCCAGGACAAUCUGAAAGGCUCCAAAGGGGAGGUGACUGCCCCUGACUUGGAGGUGUCCGUGCCCAGUGUGGAAGUUGAAAUCCAGGCAGAUGGCUCCAAGCUGGAGGGAGACAGUGACCUGGGGGAUAAGGCAGUGGCUACCAAAGACAGCAAGUUCAAGAUGCCCAGGUUCAAGAUGCCUUCCUUCGGUGCAUCUCCACCAAGCAAGGAUUGGGGAACAUCAGUGGACGUGUCCAUGUCCAACACCACGGGGACGGCCACUCUCCCGUCCUUUGUAGGUGAGAUUCACGGCCCAGAAGGUAGCAUCCACCUGCCAUCUGCUGAUCUCGAGCUCCCUGGGCUAGAGGUGGAGGUCCCCCUGCUGGAGGGAGAGGUGACGCUGGGGGAGCUGAAGGGCAAAGUAGAAGGGGCCACGUUCAAAGGCCACCUGCCCAAGAUGCAGAUGCCCAGCAUCAAGGUGCCCAAGGUGGACAUCAAGGGGCCAAAACUGGAUCUUAAAUGCACUAAAGGGGAGGUGACCCCUCCUGACACAGAGGUGUCGCCAUCCCGUGUGGAGGUGGCUAUCCAGGAGCCACACUCCAGGGUGGUGGGUGCCAUUGGCCCGGAGGACAAGGAGGUGGCCACCCGAGAGAGCAAGUUCAAGAUGCCCAAGGUCAGCAUGCCAUUCUUCCGACCAUCAUCCAGUAAGACGUACUCGGUUUCGGCGCAUGCCUGCGGAGGUGCCACCGUUGCAGAAGUGACUUCGUUUCCUGACAAAGUGCGUACCGCUGUUGACUCAGCUGAUCAUUCUGUUUCCACGGGCGACGCGGGUUUGGAGGACGCCACACGUACGAAGUGCCAGGUGCCUCUCCCCAAAGCCAGCGUCUCUCCAGAGGUGCCUUGGGAAACCCUCUCUGAGUCCAAGGGGGGUGCGCCCCAGUUCAGCGCCCCACGUGCUGCCGACCUCCCAUCCUGGGAGCCCGUUCCUUCGUCCCAACCUGACAGCCACCCUGGCCCUGCGGACCCCCCAGUUCACACGUCUUAUGGCCGCGUGACUUUUCCUAAAUUCCAUCGACCGAAGUUCCGGUUUUCAGUCGCAGUGGCAGCCGAGGCCGAGGGAGAGCCCCGCGCCCUGGAGGGUGCCCCCUCCCCUCGCAGCCCCACACAGGUCCUGGACUCUGAGGAAGCCACAGUGUUCCUGGGUUCAGCCACUCCUCUGCCACCUGCAGGCGUCUCCAUGUCCAGGGGCACGGAGGAGCCCGCGGGCAGUGCUGGAACAUCCGCCAUGGCUGCAGAGGGGGUGCCCGUGGGGGACGUGGCAGCCGGAGCCGAGCGGGCCAGCUCACAGGACAGCUGGUUCAGGAUGCCCUCGCUCCGCCUGCCCAGCUUCUGGCGCUCCUCGAAGGAGCAGGGGGGGGCGGGGGCACCGAGGGAAGGGGAGGCCCCCGCUGCAGCCAAGAGUCCAGGGGUCUGUGCUCCUGGGUCAGAGGCGGAGGCAGCCGUGGCCCCAUCGCCCCCAGAGGCAGAGGCAGAGGCAGAAGCAGAGGCGGAUGCGGCGGAAGCUCUCAGGGGAGGUCUGCACAGCCCAGCCCCAGGCUCGGAGCUGCACCUGCCUCCUGCCAGCAUGUCCCCUGAUGAGCCUCCCACUUCCCAGGCCUGGGUGGGUCCCGGCAAAGGCCCCCUUUCCCUUCAGAUGCCUGGAGGGAGACUUUCAGAAACCCAAGCUCCUGCCAGAGGGGCAGGGAGCGCUGAGCACCCGUCUACCCCACCGGAAGGCCCUCUCAGACUGAAGGCUUCGAGGACAGACGUGCCAGCCCAAAUUUCCAUCGUGGGUCGGGUCUGGGAGGAUUCUGUGCUCACUGUCAAGUUCCCCAAGUUAAAGGUGCCCAGGUUCACCUUCCCCGCCCCCAGCUGCGAGGCCGACAUCUUCAUCCCCCCGGCUGUGCGAGAGGUGUGGUGCCCGGACAGCAGCCUGGAUCUGGCCCUGAGCAAGGAGCACCCUGGGGUGUGGAGCGUGAGCCUCCUGCAGGCUGGCGCUGUGGGCACCGCGCAGCAGCCGGUGGCCUUGGACCUCCCCGCGGAGGCCAGCCCCAUUUCCAAGGUCAGAGUCCACAUUGAAGGUGCCCGGGUGGAGAGCCGGGAGGUCACCAUACACAGCAGGGUCCUGGCAGAGCCUGCUGACUGGCCGGGACCCCAGGCUGGCUCCACUCAGAUCGUCCGGGAGUCAGAGAUCCCAGCCUCCGAGGUCCAGAUGCCUUCCUAUGGGUUCUCCUUGCUCAAGGGGAAGGUCCCCGAGAGCCCCUUGCGGGCCCAGGUGCAGGUGGUCACUCAGGGCAGCCAAGCCGCUUCCCAAGGUGACCCUGCGGCCCUGGGAGCUGACCGGGGGCCUGGAGCCCUGCAGCCAGACACAGAGACGUUUGAAAUCAUCUUCUCUGGCACCGACGAGGGACCGCAGACGGCCACGUCGGAAGGGAGCUCAGGCCUCCAGCCUGCAGACAGCGGUUUCGACGACGACGAGGAGCCUGCAGAAAUCCUCGAAUUGCCCCCUGAAGAAGGCCAAGAGGGAGACGGGGCUGCCAGGGAGAAGCCGGAAAGCAAACGGUCCUCCGGGCGGUUCCGGUUUUGGCUUCCGAGCAUCGGGUUCUCCUCCGCGGCGGCCGAGGACACCAGCACCGCAGCCACAGAAGAGGAACCCACACCGGCUCCGGUCCAAACGCAGCCCGAGGCCCGCCCGGCGGCCGAGCUGCCCAAGAAGCCGGAGAAGGCGGGCUGGUUCCGAUUCCCCAGAUUAGGGUUCUCCUCGGCCCCCAGCAGGAAGAGCGAGAGCGCUGGGGACGAGCCGGGCCCGGCGGAGGCCAAGCCCCAGGAAGAGGCGCUCACGUUUUUCGAUGCCCGAGAAAGCUUCUCCGCCGAGGACAAGGAGGGGGAGCCCGGGGAGCCCGCGGGGGCUGCAGGCGCCCGGCCGGCCCCCAGCGCCGCGGCGACGCCCAAGGCCGGAACGGAGGCAGCCAGGCCGGAGCCGAGCGGGAAGGCCGGUGCCCAGCCCGCGCCCGCGCCCCAGACCCAGUGAGGCCGCAGGCGCGACUUUCCAGGGGGCAGAGGCGCACGUGUCCAGCCGCGCGCCAUCGGGACCGACUCUGCAAGCGAAGGGCCACGCGGGGCGGGGGCUCCCGAAGGCGUGGCUGGAGGGCUCAUCGGAUGGGGACCUGCGCUCACGCCCUGCCUGGCUCUGCUGGCUGCGCACGUGGCCGUGGCCUUGGCCUUGGCGCGCGGCUGUGGCGUGGUGUGGGCGUGGUCACGGUGUGCGCAUGGGCGUGGCUGCAGGUGUGCGCAGCCGGGGUGUGGGCGUGGCCUCAGUGCGCGCGGGCGGGGUCGCGGUGUGGGCGUGGCCUCCCCUGCUCUGCACCCGGGCUCCUCCAGCUUCCUCCUUGCAGACAGAGUCCCCCACAUCCCUGGGAACCCCGCUGCCCGCUCGCAGAUACGUGUAACCAGCUCACUCCGUUGUUGACCGCCCCCCGCAGCCUGGGGCGCUCCCUGGGACCCGCGCAGACCCCGGCAGGAGGGCGGUGCCAGGUGCUGGCUGUGGGUGUGAGCCAGCGGGGGUGCCCCCGCGCGCCCCAGCCCCUCGCCGUGCCCUGCCGACUCCACCCGCUGUUCCCCGCCAGGCAAUAAAGGAGGUGAUGCGCCCAC